AUGAGGGCCCCGCAGGCUCCUCGAGCUCUGCCAUUGGUGGGGAGCCUCUCGGGGCCCCCCUCCGGAGGCCUGAGUUCUACUAUAGGGGGCCCCUUGGGGGGCCCCCUAGGGGCCCUUGCAGGGGCCCCUCCCCCCCUUAACCGCACUGUUGGAAGACUGGGUACUGGCUCGUGGAUGAAGUUCGCGCUGCAGCGAACUUCAGCGCUGUUGGCUGAGGAGAAGGAGCGCCCCGGCAAGCAGCAGCAGCAGCAGCGGCAGCAGCAGCAGCAGCAGGAGACCCACAAGGAUUCUGCUGAGGCUGGCAGUGAUUCUCCUGCAGCAGCAGCAGCUGCAGCUGGAGGCGAAAAUGAAGUGGAGCAACAAGCAAGCGACCUGCUGGGCCGUGGGCAGCAGCAACCUUCGGCACCGCAGGAACAGCAGCAGCAGCAGCAGGAGCAGGAGCAGCAGCAACAGCAGCAGCAGCAGCAGCAGCAGCAGCAGGAGCAGCAGCAGAGCAAGACAAAGUCUAGGCGCAGCAAGAGGGCCCCCUCCGGGUCUGAGGGUAGCGGCCCCCGCGAUCCGCCAGCAGCAAAACGACAGAGAGCAGCAGCAGCUGCUGCUGAGGGCUCAGCCAAGGGGGCCUCAGCAGCAGCUGCUCUCCCCUUAACUGUCUCCUCUAAUAAGGUUGAAGAAGAAGGAAGCAGAAAAAAUAUUAAAGAGACAGAAGAGGGCCCAUUAAAAACCAAGAAGAAGACGCAUAAACACAAAAAGGCAGCAGUAGCAGCAGCAGCAGCAGUAGGAGCAGCAGCAGAAGCAGCAGCAGAAGAAGAAAUAGAUGCAGCACGAGACAUUGAUGCAGCAGCAGCAGCUGUAGAUGCUGCCAUCCCCUCUGAACAAGACCAAGACCAUGACCUGCAGCAGCAGCAGCAGCAGCAGGAACAGGAAGAGGAGCAGCAGCAACAGCAGCAGGAGAGACAGGGGGCCUCUUCUGCGGCUGGGGGCCCCUCAGACCCUUCUGAAGAUGCUGCCAGCGCACAGUCAGAAGCAGAGAAGGAAGCAGCAGAGGAUCGGGGGGCCCCCUUAGCAAAGCAGGGGGCCCCCUCACCACCUCCUCCAAGGCACAAGGGGCACAAGCAGCAGCAGCAGCAGCAGCAGCAGCAGCAGCAGCAAAGAGAGCGCACAAAGGAAACUCAGUGCAGACGCCCUUCAAAGGAGACAGCAGAAAGCUUCUCCUUUGUCGUGGGCCUUAUUGGGGGCCUAGCCGUUCCUGCGUCUGCUGCUGCUCCAGCUGCUGCUGCUGCUGCUCCGCCCCGCGACAAGCAGCAGCAGCAGCAGCAGGCAAAGCAGCAGGAAGAGCAGCAGCAGGAGAGACGUCGAAAACACCACAAGGCCCGCAGCAGACGGAUGACUGAGUUUGCUGCUGCUGCUGCAGCAGCAGAAGAGGGGCCCCCCCACCCAAUCCAGGAGGGAGCCCCUGGAAGCCGCAGCAGCCCCCUAAGCGACUGCAGCCGCAGCAGCACUAAGCACUCUCACCACCGCCAGCAGCAGCAGCAGCAGCAGCAGCAAGAGGAGGGUACAGAGGCGGAGAAGGUUAGCAGCAGACGCAAAGAGCGCCGCCGUCAUCACCGCUCAGCAGAAGUUAGGGGGCCCCCAGGGGCCCCCUCAUUAUAUGAAGGGGGCCCCUGCGAAGAUCCAAUGGGGGCCCCCGGGGCCCCUGAAGACAAAGAGGGUUUGAUAGAAAGGUAUGAAAAGAUAGUAAAGACUGCAGGGCCCCCUUGCGCUUCUGUUGGUGUGCAGGUAGGGGCCCCUGCUCCCCUAUGCUUCUCUUCUGUGUGGGGUUUGGAUUUAGCUGCAGCAUCACUGGCGCUGCAGCAGCGCGAGCAGCAGCAACUCAGGUGUCUCCUACAAGACGCAGAAGGGGCCCCCUCUGCUGCCUCUAAUGAGCCGCACCAGGGGGCCCCCGCAACACUGUCGCCCUGUGCAGCAGACGCGGGGGGCCCCCCUCCUAUGCAGCAGUCCUACCCCGUUCCUGCUGCUGCUGCUGCUGCUGCUGCUGCUGCUGCUGCAUGGGCAGGAGAAGCAGCAUAUAUGAAGCCUCUUUAUGCCGAGAGUUAUUCUUCAGAGGAAGAGGCAUCUGGGGUUGAGGGUUCAGUUAGUAGGGGGCCCCCUAAACAAAUGCAGGGGGGCCCCCUAUUAAAACCUCGCCGCUUUCUAUCGUUUGGUAGCAGCGCCCGCUGCAGCCUCUUCGCUUCCCCUGCAGCAGCAGCAGCAACACCAGCUGCAGCAACACCAGCAGCACCAGCAGCAGCAGCUGCUGCUGCUCCUGAAUCUGCAACGGCGUCAGCGCUUGUUCAAUGGGGGGACCCUACAGGUAGCGCUCUAGGGGGCCCCCAGGGGGGCCCCAUUGGGGGCCCCUCCAGCGAAGCAGCGCGGCUGCUGCGGGCGUUGCAGAGGGUUCGGCGACGGCUGCUGCUGCAGGGGCAAAGUGCUGUGCUGCGCAGCGACAGCAGCAGCAGCAGCGAGGAAGAAGGCAGCAGCAGAGACUCCUCACCCCCCCGAAGUCCUGCUGCUGCUGCUGUUGAUGCUCCUGCUGCAGCUGCUGCAGCGGGGUGCGAGGGUGCAGCUCCUGCUGCUCUGGCUACGGGCGAAGCAGCAGCAACACCAGCAGCACCACUUGCAGCAGCAACUGCUGCUGCUGCUGCUGCUGCAUCCCCUUCCCUUUCGCCUCCACGUAACGAGGGCCUACAAACUGUGCAGACGCAUCUGCUGCUGAAGGGCCCUCAAGAACCGGAAGCAGCAGCAGCAACUGCAACAGCAGCAGCAGCACCAGCAGAAACUGCAACAGCAGCAGCAGCAGCGGCAACAGUAGCAACCACAACAGCAGCAACAACAGCAGCAGCAGUAGCAGCAGCAGCAACGGGGAAUGCAGCAGCAGCUGCUGCUGCUCACCUCCGCCGCCGCCAGCCCCGCAGCAGCGCACCCCCAGCUUUGUGUCUGUUUGGGGGGCCCCCGGGGGCCCCCUGGGACAUCUUUAGCAGCAGCGACUCGGAGGGCCCGCCCACAGAGAAACCCUCAGUUGCAGCAAGCAGCAGCAGCAGCAGCAGCAGCAGCGGCAGCGGCAGCAGCAGUAGCAGCAGUGCCAGCAACAGUAAUAACGCCAGCAGCAGCAGCAGCAGCAGCACUGGCAGCAGUCCCAGUAGCAGCAGCAGGAGAGCAGCAGAGGGCAACAAAUCUACGCAUGCAAAUCCUUUAAGGGCCCCCGAGACACCACCCAGACCGGGGGCCCCCAUGGGGCCUCAGGGGGCCCCCUCUGCGUUGUCAGGAGGCCCGCAUACUCCACUCAGCAAAGGCACGCGCAGCCCAACUGCAGCAGCAGCAGCAGCAGCAGCUGCUGCUGCUGCUGCUGCAGAGGCAGCAGCCGAUGCGCCGACUCCGCUGCUGCUCGAAGCGCCAAGCAUCACCGCUGGGUGGGGCCCCACAGAAUGGAAGCAGCAGCAGCUGCAAGGAGGGAGGCAGCAGCAGCAGCAGCAGCAGGGGGAAGUGCAGCAGUUGCAGCAGCAGCAGCAACAGCAACAGCAGCAGCAGCAAAGGAAAAUACAGGAAGAGGAGCAGCAACAGCAUCAAGAGCUGCUUCAAGAGGAGCAGCAGGAGCAGCAGCAGCAGUUGGAGGAGCCGCAGCAGGAGGAGGGGCAGCAGCCAGAGGCACUGCAGCAGGAGGAGGAGGAGCAGCAGCUGCAGCCGAGUGAGCUUGAAGCAGCGCAAACUCAGCUGCUGCUGCAGCACGAAGUACUCCAGCAGCAGGAGCAGGAGCAGCAGCAACAGCCUGACCUGCAGCAGAAGCAGCAGCAGCAGCAGCCAGAGGUGCAAGAGGAGGAGCCGCAGCAGCAGCAGCAGCAGCAGCAGCAGCAAGAAUCCCAGUUUGCGGAUUGCUGGGGGCCGCUUGAGGGCCCCCGGGGUUUGCUUGCUGCUGAUCAGAGAAGAGACAGCGAAGCAAAGAGACAGCAAGAAGGGGUGUCUCCUUAUCCUGCUCUGCCGUCUCCUAAUAAACAAUGGGGCCUCCUUCAGCAGGGGGGCCCCCUCCUUGCUUCCCCCCUCUCCGGGCCCUUGGGGGGGCCCCCCAACGACAGGGUACAGCAAGGGGGGCCCCCUGAGCCUACAGGGUCUCCUCUUCAAAGAAUGCAUUUAGACGAAGAAGAGAAGAAUGCAGUAGGGGGGCCCCUGGGUACCGAGGGGCCCCCAUCACCAACUGAGGGUACAGAGGAACCCCUAGCGCAAGAAGAGGGUACAGGGGGGCCCCCGUCGGGGCCCCCAGAGGAAGCAGAGGGUACUGAGGUGUCUCUGGGAGAAGCCGAGGGUACAGAGGGGCCCCCAGAUCAAGCAGAAGAUCAAGAGGGGCCCCCAGAUCAAGCACAGGACCAAGAGGGGCCCCCAGCACAAUCAGAGAACAUUGAAGGGGCCCCAGAGCAAGCAGAGGGCAUAGAGGGGCCCUUAGAGCAAUCAGAGGGUGCAGAGGGGGCCCCAUUAGAGAGUGAGGGUACAGAGGGGCCCCCAGCGCAAGAAGAGGGUACAGAGGGGCCCCCAGCUCAAGAAGAGGGUACAGAGGGGCCCCCAGCGCAAGAAGAGGGUACAGAGGGGCCCCCAUCGACAGAGGGGCCCCCAUUAGAGAGUGAGGGUACAGAGGGGCCUUGUAGUGCGAAGGGGGGCCCCUCUGAUGAGACAGAGAGAAUUGUUGUUUGGGGAGUACAGGAGAUUGAAGGGGAGGAAAUAGUUUUAUCUGAAGACGGUACAGCUGAGGGGCCCCUCGGGGGGCCCCCUGUUCGAGCUGAGUGUACCGGCUCGCCUACUGUUGUCUCCUUAUGUGACUCCGAAGGAGAGACAGCAAGCAGAGACACUUCCCCGCGACUCCAGCAGCAGCAGCAGCAGAAGCAGCAGCAGCAGCUACAGCAUCCCCAGGGAACAGCAGCAACAGCAGCAGCGGAAACGGACGAAAACCUCCCGCUGCAGCAGCAGCAGCAGCAGCAGCAGCAGCAGAUGCCUUGGGGAGAGGGAGCGCUGAAGAGCGACAGCCUGUCUCCUAUAUCGAGCCCCAAGGUAGCAGCAGCAGCAGCAGCAGGUGCAGCAGCAGCAGCAGCAGCAAGUAGUCCCUCAGCCUUCUGGUUUAGGAGUUUGGGGGCGGUGGGGUUGGAGGCGCAUGCAGCAGCAGCAGAGCCUCGGGUCUCUCGCUGCGGUGUCCUCACAGCAGAAGAUGUGGCUUUAGCACAUCAGCUAAUGGGGGCCCCUCCAGGGGAGGGGGCCCCCGAGGAGGGGGGCCCCCCUGAGGGGGCCCCUGUCAUAACUCGCUACGGCAUUUGUUUGACUAGACAGUCGCUGCGCAGCAUUGGUAGUGGGGGCCUUUUUGAUGAUGAAGUUAUUAACAUGUAUUUUGCUCUCCUUCAAGAAAGAAAUAAUCGGGCAUUAAAAUGCAAAGAAAGGGUUCCUCGGUGUCUGCUGCUGCCGUCACACUUUUACAGCUCUCUUUCUUCAAAUGGCUUCGCUGCAGUAAGGCGGUGGACUUUGCGGGGGGCCGUGGAUAUAUUUGGUUUUGAUAUUUUGCUGCUCCCCCUUCACGUAGAGAGCAGGGCCCACUGGGCUCUUGGUUGCGUCUUCAUGCGUGAGAAGAAGGUUUUCUACUUCGACUCUCUUCGCUGUGAUGAGGACGCCGUGAAGUUCUACAAGACGCUGCGGGAGUACUUAGCGGCGGAGCAUUUAGAUAAAAAACAAAAACCGCUGUCCACUGCUGACUGGCGCGGUGUCCUCCCACACGGAGUGCCGCAGCAAAAGAAUGAAACAGACUGCGGUGUAUUUUGCUGCUCUUUUGCCGAGGCUAUCGCUGAUGGGCGCCCCGUCGAUGGCUUGAUGAAUGAAGAGACAGUUCGCUGUCUCCGUCUACAUAUGGUCCUUCAGCUUCACCGAGGUGUUGUUGAUUAA